AUGAAAUUAAACGCUGCUAUUGCCUUUUCUGUGCUUGCUGUUGUAGCAUUAGCUGCUCCAGCCGCACCAGUUACACCACCCACCACUUUUGCAUAUACCUCUCUAACUCCAGACCCUGCCAGUAAAGCCGAAAACAUCUUUGCCCGAGGAGGGACCAACGACUGUAGUGAAUCAACCUUUGACAACCAGACUUCGGAGUCUUCCCCCCUUGUCACCGACUGUCUUAAAAUCGUCUCCAAUAUUGCUGGCGGUGGGACAUGGAUUGUUCAGCCAUACGCCCAGCGCAGACUUGUCCAGUUUGGCACAUGCGCAUUCGGUGUCCAGACGGGAUUGGAGGGGUCAUGGCAUGCGAUUAAAGUUGGAAACGCAGAUAUUUCUGACUUGAUAAACGCGUCAAUUGAUAAAUUCCAAUGGUAUGGCAAGGUCGGAGCUAAGGGCGAUAUGCCUUGCCAGAAGGUUACUACCGGGGACCAAAGAGUCAGAUGGGGUAUCUACCACACUUAG